AUUCUGUUUUAUUUCAUGUACUAUGUGCUGGCAUCAUCUAAAUAUUUGGCAGAGGGACUAAAAUGCAUAAACUCUUUUGCUCAAAUACCGAAUACAACAAAUUAUAAACCUACACCCGUGAGGCCGUGCGCACUUCAGGUCUCCCCAAGACCCCCCCUCCCCUGUGUGCUUGCCUUCUCUGGCUCCCCGCGGUGAGGGGCUACUCUGAUAGGCCCAGAGGGUUAAUGGGACUGGCCUUCAGGGCAGCAGCCUCUCAGCAUAUAAAGCCCCAGCUUUCAUUACACAGCAAACAGUCAGUACACAAGGCUAAAGGACAACUAGACUGUAGAUGCGCUUUUACGCACCAGUAAGGGCCUUUUGGUUUUUACGCACGGCGAACCAUUGAUGUCUCUUUGAUACAGUUGAUUUUUUUACGCGUUUUUGAAUAUCCUGCGUGUGACUAUGACUCUCUCCAGUGAAUUUGAAGCUUCACAACAUGCUGCUCUACCUCUAGACGAGGAUGAGAUUGACAUAGUGGGCGAGGAUGAGCCAACCCACGGGCGCUUAUAUCGAAAUGAGUGCUCCACGGACCCCGGCUCCUCAGCAGAAUCUGGUGCUGAAUUUGACUCUUCAGAGCAUGACUCCUCGGGGGAGAGCGAGAACAGUUUCUGUGCAGACGCACCGCCGUCCAGGAAAGCCCAGAGCAGCUCGGUAAAGCCUCCCUACUCCUACAUUGCCCUCAUCACCAUGGCCAUCCUGCAGAGCCCGCUGAAGAAGCUGACGCUCAGUGGCAUCUGUGAUUUUAUCAGCAACAAGUUUCCCUACUACAGAGACAAGUUUCCCGCCUGGCAGAACUCCAUCAGGCACAACCUGUCCCUCAACGACUGUUUCAUCAAGAUCCCGAGGGAGCCUGGAAACCCAGGCAAAGGUAACUACUGGUCUCUGGAUCCUGCCUCAGAGGACAUGUUCGACAACGGAAGCUUCCUCCGACGAAGGAAGCGCUUCAAGAGAAACCACCCCGAGCUGGGCAAAGACGGACUUAUGUUUUAUUCCAACUUGAAUUGCUACCGGCCGUACGGGCAACCAUAUUGCGUACAGGGCCAGGUUAGCCCACCGCCUGCUGCUCCUAUCCGGUACAUGCCUCUGCAGGAGGGCAUCAUGAUGCCCCCCUCUCCCUAUCACCUCAUACCACAAACUCUGAACAGUCACGGGAAGUGCAGUGGGCCUAAAGACUUCAGAGCGCAGCUUUGCGCAACAGAAUCCGUUGAGCCAAAGCCAAAGCCUGGCCCGCAGGCAAAGUGCUCUUUCAGCAUUGACAGCAUCAUGAGCAAACCCUCUCCCAUCAGUGAAAAGAACCUAAAUCCACAGCAGAAUCGCCACAGCACCCUUGGGUACGGUCAUCUCAUGUCAGGCCCCGCUGCCUGUUUGGUUCCGACGCUCCUGCAGGCUCCCAGGACUCCGUUCUGCCCCCCUGCCAUGCUGAACACUACUCCUUUAUUAAAUGAACAUCUCAGACUCUCCUACACUCACUGCUGAAGCCGUUUAGUCAUGAGAAACUUUCUAGAGUCCGUAUGUGUGAUGUGAAGACACGUUGGUGUAGCUCAUUUCUUAAAGAAAUGUUUUAAUUGCAUGAUAUUUAUGUGUUGACAUUCAAAGUUAUGUCUUUAUGUCAGAAAUCAAUGUAAAUAAGAUGAGUGGUAAUAUAUUUGUGAACACUGCUGCAGUGGAGACCCUCCUUGUUGAUGAAUGUCUUUUUGUUAUUAA